ACUUCUCCUGUCACACUUAAAUGAGGCCAGUCUGACUAAAGAUAUCAGUGGAAAUGGACACAAAUCAAUGCAAACAAAGACGUAAAACAAAGCUUGACUGGAUUUGGACUGAAUCUGUGGAAAGGAACACUGGGUCUCAGUUCAUGACUCAUUGUGUGAACAGAGGCGGUUCCAAAUCUGGUUGUUCAGAUUUGAUGGAUCAGAGUUUCUUCAUCGGGGGGAAAUUCCUGAACAUGGGGUUCUGUUGGGUAAUCCCCCGACACUGCUAACUAAAUGACCCUGAAUAUUUCGGUGCUGGACCAGAAGAGAAGGCUGAAGUCUGAGGAGCACAUCAUGAAGUUGGAUUUGGCUGCAACUUUGUCUUCUUUGGCGUUGCUGCUCAUCUUUCUGUUUCCAGUUUGCUGUCGGCAGCCUGUGAACUGCAGAUGGGGGCCUUAUGGAGAGUGGUCUGAGUGUGAUGGCUGCACCAGAGCAAAGGUGCGUACUCGCCACGUGGAGGUGUACGCCCAGUUUGGAGGUGCGCCAUGUUCAGGAGAAGCCACACAAACACAACCGUGUGUCCCACAGAAAAGAUGUCCCCUGGGAACAGGCUGUGGAGACAGGUUCCGCUGCACCUCUGGUGAGUGUAUCAGCCACUCCCUGGUGUGUAACGGAGACCAGGACUGUGAUGAUGGUCUGGAUGAGAGAAGCUGUGACCAAGACAACAGCCACUACUCAUGUGAUCUUGACAAAACACCUCCUAACUCUGACUUCACGGGCAGAGGGUAUGACGUGUUGACAGGGAAACUGAGAGGAGCUGUGAUCAAUACUCUGAGCUUUGGAGGGCAGUGCAGGAAGGUGUUCAGUGGUGACCACAAAACCUAUUACAGGCUGCCACAGAACAUCCUCAGGUACAGCUUUGAGGUGACAGUAGAUAAUGAAGAAAGCGAUGAAUCCUACGAGAGCGCCUGGUCCUAUGUGCAGCACAUCCAGUCAAACGCCGUGGUGGGACACGACCGCCGCACCUUCCACAAAGAGGUCACUGAAAACAAGGCCUACAGAUUGAUCAUCCUGAAGAAUAAAGUGGAACUGGCCCAGUUCCAAAACUCUGCUCCUCAGUAUCUUACUCUGGCCGAAGGCUUCUGGAAGGCCUUGUCCUCGCUGCCGCUCACAUACGACUACUCCGCCUACCGACAACUGCUUCAGAAGUACGGCACACACUACCUCUCUGAGGGCUCGCUCGGAGGCGAAUACCAGGCCUUGUUGGAGUUAGACCGUCAGGCGCUCGCUUCAACCAGUACAACUGAUAUAGAGUACCAGAGGUGUUGGAGAAAGGUGAAACGCCGUUUCUUCAGGAAGAAAGUGAAAACAGUCUGUGAAAAACUAACCAGAUCUUUAUCAUCCAGUCACGGAAGCAAUGUAAACAAGAUGCCGAUUAAAGUCAACAUUUUUGGUGGAGAUCCAUCCUUCAUAGCCGCUCUGACUGUUCUGGAUCUGGAAAACCCAGAAGCUAAUGGAGAGGUCUAUGAUAACUGGGCCUCCUCUGUCAAAGACUUCCCUGAAGUUAUAGACCAGAAGCUGCGUCCUCUGUAUGAGCUGGUGAAGGAGGUGCAGUGCACAGGUUUGAAAAAGCUCCACCUGAAAAGAGCCACGGAGGAGUACCUGGCGGAGGAGCAUCCCUGUCACUGCCGGCCCUGCCAGAACAACGGCCAGCCGCUGCUGACGGGGUCCGAGUGUCGCUGCAUCUGCAGGCCAGGAACCUCAGGACGAGCCUGCGAGAACGGAGCUGUGACUGGAGAGCAGCCAGGGGUGAUCCAUGGCAGCUGGAGCUGCUGGUCCUCCUGGGGAUCUUGUACUGGAGGUCAAAGGUCAAGGACUCGCAGCUGCAACAAUCCCGCUCCCAGCAGAGGUGGUCACCACUGCAUUGGACUGCAAGUGGAGCAGAAACCUUGUGAGGACUCAGAGAUCCAGUAUUUACAGAUGAUGGAGCCUCAGUGCUUCAGUCUCUCUGUGACUCCACCAAAGACAUGUGGUCCACCUCCAAACCUCAGGAACGGAUUUAUUCAGAAUCCCAGAGAUUUUUACCUGGUUGGGAACACGGUGGAGUACUCCUGCAUAGAGGGACAUUACCUCACUGGAAACGCUGCAGCUCAGUGCACUGAAAACCAGCAGUGGAGGACAGGGACGAUGGUUUGUAAAAGUUCCACAUGUGGGAUUCCCCCACUCAACAGUCAGGUUACAGCCACGCCCACCAAAGCAGUCUAUGAGAUUGGAGACAGUGUGUCCCUUUCCUGUCCUGCGGAGUCAGUGCUGGAUGGUGAGGUGUCAGAGAUCAUAUGCAGUCCCAGUCUGCAGUGGUCUCCAUCUCCAGCCGGCACUCACUGUAAAGCAGCACCCACGGCACCGUCUCCUCCAUCGGGCCUGAAGUGUAAACUGUGGGAAACUGUGGGAAAAAACGUGUGUGUGUGUAAAAUGCCAUUUCAGUGCUCGACCUCUCUGCAGUUGUGUGCCAGACUUGGCUCAAGCCAAACCCAUUUACUAGGCGUGUGCCAGCUCGGAGCUCUGCAGUGUGUGGGACGGAGCUUCACACUGGCCAGCGACAGAGACUGUAACUGGCCAGAGGAGACGUUCACAUCCUGCCAGGACUGCAAACCAGGGACAGUCUGUCAGGAGUCAGCAAGAAAAUGCGUAUGCCAGAACAUGUCAGAGUGCCCUCAAGACUCGGCCCCCCUGUGCGUUAACUCUGGUGUUGGCAGCGUUGCCACGACGAUGUCUGAAUGCGAGGUGGGGGCCAGAAGGUGUGCUGGGGAGCAGGUGAACGUGAUCAGCAUUGAGGCUUGUCCAGAAUAAAGAUGGUUGUUGUUUUAUUUGCUGAGAAGUAUCACACUGUAACAUAACAUAGCAGGAUUUUUUUUAAUGACUGAAUUGUAAAUAGAAGUUAAUAUUUUUUCUUACUUUUGAAUGAUGUAAAUAGGCUCCUCUGCCGUCCUGUGGUUCUCUUUUUAUAUUUGUCAAGGAUGAUGGAUGAUUAACAACAUUUGCAUUUGCAUAUCUU